UCAACACGCAAGAUGGCGGAAGAUGGCUUGUUUKACCAAAGUUAACCAAAUCUGGCAUAAUAACAACAACUUUCUCAUCUUAAAAUAGGCUGUGGCUGACCUCUAGAAUUACCUGCUYCGCUAUAGCGUACAUGGUGCUGUAUUUGCAUAUGCAAACUCUAUAAGUCGCCAUAAAAUUUCUGAAAUCAGACUCGUCAUAUGCUGAGCUCGUCGCCAACGUUAAUAUCAUGCUGGAGGAAAUCUCAACUUAAAUCCCAGGUUUUUUCCUAUGGAUAAGCAAGACACCUCACUAUCAGGUGCAUUUAAAGUCUUCAAGAUGGUUAGUUCACCAACAGAUACGGUUUCUCGGUUCGUGUUAGGAGGAUUGUCAUGUAUGACUGCCACUAUCGUGACAAAUCCCAUUGAAGUAGUGAAAAUUAGAAUGCAGCUUGAUAACCAAUUAUCAUCCAGACACACUAGCAAGAAUAUAUUCCAUGAUCGGUACUAUAAAGGCCUUAUAAGGGUCGGCCUGUCAAGAGUCUAUCAAGAAGAAGGCUUCAGAGGACUGUACCUUGGGAUUAUGCCAGCCUUGUUACGACAAGCAAUAUACAGCUCWACACGAUUUGGAGCGUAUGAGCCAAUCAAAGAGCUUCUUGGUGGAGAAGAUAUUUCCUCAACACCUUUAUGGAAAAAGGUUUUAGCAGGAACAACUUCUGGUAUUAUCGGCAGCUCAAUAGCCACACCAACUGACCUGGUAAAAAUCCGCUUUCAGGCUGUUAAAAUUGGUGAUACUCCUCCAUAUAAGAACAUGUUCCAUGCCUUUUAUCAAAUUACAUUAAAAGAGGGGUUUCUUGGACUCUGGACUGGUAUUAAACCUACUGUCAAGAGAGCUGCUGUUUUAAGUGGAACUCAAAUCCCAGCAUAUGACCAUGCCAARCACAUGAUUAUMAAUGCUGGUUGGCUAAAAGAGGGAGUAGUUCUUCAUGGUGUAUCAGCAAUCAUUGCAGGGUUUGUUGCAACCUGCAUAGCUUCUCCYUUUGACAUUGUAAGGACACGUUACAUGACCCAGCCUAAGAAUGCCUUAGGAAAACCAACUGUUUAUACGAGUACAUUGGAUUGUAUUCUGAAAACUGUGAGACAUGAGGGAGCCUUAGCCCUGUACAAGGGUUUCUUUCCAAAUUGGACAAGAACAGGGCUUGAUACCAUAGUUAUUUUUCUUGUCUAUGAAAGGCUACGGAAAAUAUUUGGCAUUGAUCCUAUUUAGGGUUGAAAAUGCUGUUUGUAUAUUGUAUUWUGUAAGUACAGGCAAUUGCAAAAAUUCUGCAUUCUAACAUACACUUAUUUCAAAGAUGUUGUUAAGGAAAAUGGCUAAGAAAGGGAAAUGAUGAUUGUCGAAUAGAGAUUACAYAACCAAACAGGUCUAUGAUUACCCUGUUUGACAUACCAGAUAUGACUGGUUGGGCUCACCUUGCUUGAAAAUAGAGACUAAAAUUUAGCCAAUGUUUAGCUCAGAUUGUCUUACAGUAUGAAUCAGUUAUUAUUUUCAGUCAUGCAAUCUCCAUUUGACAAUGACAUUUUAUCCAACAACUGUUUUUGUUUAAUAUAGGUAAUGUGAUUUUUGCUCUACUCGUUAGAAAAUAAGGCUUGUAGAUAAAGCAGAGUCUUUGCAACUAUGCUUAUUCAGGGUCAUUCAAACAUGUUUUGAAGUUUAAUGACAAAUGAAAUAGCAGCUACSCUAUAUGUUGAUAUAUUUGACUAUGCCAUUAGUAAAUAUUAUAGUGUCUUUAUUAUAUUCCUCUGUAGAGGAGUUCUAUGUGAUGAAAAUAUCCCACAAUUUAAGGGAUUUCUGGCUCUGUAUACCACGUUUACAAAACUUAAAGUCUAACUGUAGUUAUAUAAACAGAAUGUCUGUAGUUAAUAUUAUUAUUUUAAUUAUUAUUAUAUUAAAAUAAAACUAUUCUGUUUAAAAAAAAUAUUAAUUCAUAUUUUUUCUUGGUUAUGUAUCCUCUGUGUUGCUAAAGUUAUACUGYUUGUACACGUAUUUUGGUGGUCAUGACUUUGUUUUACAUUCAUCAUGUUAUGUCUUUCUUCUUUUCGUUUUUUUUCUUUUUUUAUUUGCACAAAUAUUCAACUUGAACUUGUAAAAUUUCAUGGUAAUGAAAUACUAUAUAAUAGAUGAA